UGUGCUUCACAUCAUUGAUACAGAGCAACUGUGAGAUUGACAUUUGCCUCUGACAGUAAGAAGAGGCUACUGUCUCUACCUAAAUCAGUACAAAAUGUACACAAAGAGUAUCAUUGUAAUUGUAAUGUUAUCCACUUUCAUGAGUUGUAUAUACUGUCAAUACCUAGAUAGUGCUGAGACAUGUGACAGUAUUCUGUAUGGCUGUGACAGUGAAAGACAGUGUGUUACAGAUAUUACUGAGGAUGAUUGUCCAGCUGAUACCAUCUACUAUCCAACAGCCUCUUUGUGUGGUUGCUGUCCUGGUUGCAUUAAUGCAAUUGAAGGAAAAGAAUGUGAUAAAGAUGCAGCUGCAGAUACCAUGCAGUGUGCUCCUGGAUACAGUUGUACUACAAAAGGCUGUACCAAAGAUAGCAAAUCAUGUCCACAAUAUGGAUAUAACAAGGAUAUUACAUGGCAUCCAAGCUGUGACGCGGAUGGAAAAUUUUCUGCUGUUCAGUGUAAGGGAGAGAGAGCUACAGGAAAGUGUUUCUGCUACAGUGAAGAUGGUGAAAGAAUAUUUGGUGAGGAAUGGUGGAAAGAUGCACAGAAUAUGACUUGUGCAUGCAGUAGGAAGGUAACCCAGCUCCAGCAACAAGGACGGACAAAUAUAACCCUUCACUGCAGUGAUGAUGGUAACUUUGAGGUUCUUCAGUGUGAUUCAGAGAUCUGUUGGUGUGCUGAUGAGAAAACUGGGAACCCAGUUUCAGUUUUUGUUCCAGAAACCAUGAUGACCACUCUCCCCUGCUAUGAUGCAGCAAAAGUUGGAACUCAGUAUUUGAGACAGUGUGAAAGUAUGGAAUAUGCUCAGAAUGUGAUACGUGAGAAACUUGAAAUCCAUGGAACAAUUUACGCAGAAAUGCCAUACGUGAACUGUGACCGUGAUGGCAGUUAUGGACGUAUUCAACAGCAAAGUUCUCAGGUCUUCUGUGCCUGGAAAGAUAAGACUACAAUUGAAAGCUAUUAUGCAGAGAUGACACAGAAGAGUACCAUGGACUGCAGAUGUGCCCGCGACACAAAAUACUAUGCAGCUGCUGGAUUUACUCCUGUGAUAACUUGUUCAGGAAAUGGGAACUAUCCCACUUCAUGGCAGACAGAGGAUGUACAGUACUGUCUUGAUAGUGAUGGUUUUGCCAUUUCACCAACAUUUGAUUUAAAUACAGAACUUGACUGUACUGCAUACACAGUCUGAAUCAGUUUCAUAAGACAAAAUUGUUACAUGUAUAUACAAUUUUAUACAAAAUGAUCACAAAAUAUUACUGCAGGGUUUAAUUCCGAUAAUAAAUAUCAAAUUUAUACAAGAUUUCUUAUUUCCAUACAUAAGUUCACAAGAGUUGAAUAAUUUUUAAUUCUAUGAAGCAACAUUUAAACCAAACAAUUUUGGGACUCUAUAGUUUUAAUUUCUAUUAAUUCUGAAUUUGUAUGUCUACCUUGGGAAUCAAUGAACAUAUCUGUUAUUUCAAUUUCAUGAAUUUCUACCUGUCAAACAAUUGUGACAUUGCAAUCCUGUUCUUUGAUUUUACUUAUUUAUUUUGUUGUAUAUUAUAAGUGAUACAUAACAUAUUUAUUAUUUGUAUAAAGUUGAUUAUGAAAAGAAUAGUUAGACA